AUUUAAAAUGGGAAGUUCAGAUUCUACUUUAUAUCCAAAUCAUGGAUAUCGGAUCCUUGACAUACUUCCAGACUCACCGAUCUCAGAGACAGAUGCAAGAGUUAUGGUAGACUUCAUCUGACAUGAAGUUUCAGGCCAAGAUGAUCUUACUCUUAGCGAGAAACUUAAAAAAUUUGAAGGCAAGGAGCUUGAGCUGGUCGUUUAUAACUUCAUUUCCCAGGAAAAAAGAAUAGUCACUAUCUGUCCGAAUCAGAACUGGGGAGGAGACUCUUUGUUAGGCUGAGCAAUUAGAUUUGAAGACUAUUCAGACUCACAUAAGAACGUAUUUUAUGUUGCUGAUGUUUAUCCUAAUAGCCCAGCUCUCAAAGCUGGUUUGGUUGCCAAAUCAGACUUUAUAAUCGGUACCUCAGCAGGGAUUCUAAAAUCGCUUGAGGAUUUUGGAAGACUAGCCAAAGCAAAUCUUGGGAAAAAGAUCCCUUUAGUCAUUUACAGAGUCAAAGAAAAUGAAGAGGGAGGCCCUGGUGAAAGAGAAAUAUUAGAAAUUGAAAUAAUUCCUUCAGAAAACUGGGGUGGCAAAGGAAUUCUAGGCUGUGAACUUCUUACAGGAGCCAAAUUCAUAAUCCCAGCAGAGCCUACAGAUAUAGAUUUAAGCCAUACACAAUCUCAAAGAGAAGAAUUGCACCAGAAUGUUCCCAAAACUUCAAUCCUAGAAAUAGAGAAAAAGCCAGAUGAAGUCAUCGAAUAUGAAGAGUUUUCCCAUGAAGAAGAGCCAAUAAGCAGUGCGGAAAAUAAGCAAGAAAAUUUGAUUGAAGAGAUUGAAAACUCUAAAAACACUCCUGAGAAAGAGCCUCAGUAUCCAAUAGAGGAACAGAAAAUAGAAUGCGCCAAAACAGUUUCUAUUAUUACAGAGGAAGAGAAAGUUGCUAAUCAAAUUCAAGAACAACAACCUGAAGUUGAGCUUAAUGAUCAGCUACAAACUAUGAGUGAAAACUCAAUCCUUCCAGAAGAAAUCUCUAACAAGGAUCAAGAGCAGCAUACAAAAAUGUCUUCUCAAAUUUCAGGUCGAAUUUCUGAAGUCAGCUCUAAAAAAGAGAAGAAGGAAACCCCUGAAAAAGAAAAAUUAAUCGAAGAAGCUAAACAAAACACUCAAGAGCACAUCCAAGUUGUUAUUCAUGAAGAAAUUCGAGGAACUUCUCAAGAAGAGGAGAAGGAAGUUCCAGAAGAACUUCAUAAAGAAGUACAAGUAGAAAAAGUAGGCCCCACAGCCCAAAAAGAAGACACAAAAGUGGCAUCUGAAGAAGUAAAGAAGAUUAGUGAGAGCUCUCAGGAAGCUACAAGUCUGGAGGACCAGAAUAUAUCUCAACAUCAGACUGCACAAGAGGGAUAUACAGAAGAGAUGAAGAAUAGUCAACCUGAAGGAGAGAAUAAUGAAGAAGCUGAAAUUAUUGAGGAGCGCAUUGAAAUAGUAGAACAGGAAGUUGAAGAGGCAAAUAAUCAAACUAACCUUAAAGAAGAUAACCAGAGUCGCCACGAGAUUGGCUUAGUUAACGAUUCUAAAAAAAUUGCCAUUAAUAGUGAGGAGGAAUCAAAUGAUAGCUUUAAAAUAGACGAACCUAAAAGAAUUAAGGCAGAAACUAAGUUGGAUCAUGCAGUUGUAGAGAAAGAGAUUGGGAAAAAUGUAGAUGUUAUGACUCCAGACAGUAGCUCAUCAACAACUCAUUUAUCAUCUAAAGCUGAUUCACCACAUUCUCAACCGAGAUCAAGACCAAGAGCAAUUCCACUGAAAGAAUGAAAUCCUUUUCUAUCAACAAAGCAAAAUGAAAAAGAACAACAAUUCAUAGCAGAUCUUGAAAAUAAAGACAAAUUUUUACAAGAAAUUAAACAAAAAGAAGAAUCAAAAACAAAGGUACCCCCUAAAAUGCCCGUUAGAACCCGAGAAGCACCUCAUAAAGCUCCUCAGCUGCCUCCAAAACCGAUUAAGACACCUUUUACUUCUUCUGCAUCUAAGCAGCCAGAGGCUACUAAAGCUCCAGUUAAAUCUCUUCAGAAGCCAGCUUUAAAAUCUGCUUCAAAAGAAGAACCAAAAGUUGAAAAAGAUGAAGACCAGCCUUUUAUUAAAAAAGCAGCUACUCUUAAAAGCAUGAUUAGGAAGAAGAACCAGAAUAAUAAUUACAAAAUAUAGGGAAAAUCUAUUAGAUUUAACGAAUU